AUGAUUAUUGACUAUCAACUGACGCCAUCGGUGUACGAACCGACGCUUUGUAACACGUUAUCCCGUACAGCGCAAGCGAAGGGAACAUCGGUUAAAGUGCACCUUGACGUGGACACCGGCAUGAAUCGUGGUGGGAUAUGGUAUACGGAAGCGGUGGAUUUCCUGAAAUGGCUGACAUCACUGGAUGGAAUAGAGAUUGAAGGGGUCUUCACCCACUUUGCUACUGCGGACCAACCCGACAAAAGCCACGUGCAUCUUCAGUUAGAGCGGUUUAAGUCAGUGCUUUCCAACCUUUCUGAACUCAACCUACGUCCCCCGAUUGUCCAUGCUGCCAACAGCGCAGCUGCAUUAACCCUUUCCGACUCCCAUUUUGACACAGUUCGUGUGGGCUUGAGUUUAUACGGCGUCUAUCCAUCGUCUGAAGUCAGACGAGCGAGUCCUGUGUCCUUGCGUCCUGCCCUGAGUUGGAAAGCACGCCUCAUCUGUUUGCGUCAGUCUAUGCAAGGGGAAGGGGUCAGCUAUGGUCGCACCUAUAUAGUUGAUAAGCCGACAUGGUUAGCAACGCUGCCUGUUGGCUACGCCGAUGGCUAUUCACGCGCCCUAUCGAAUCGCGGUGAAGCGUUGAUCGGCAGGCAAAGUGUCAACAGGUCGGAGCGGUUUGCAUGGAUGGGACCGUCUUUCGGAUUGCACCGCCGAAAGGGGAACAGGCAGAUCUCCCCCUACGCAUCGGCGAUGAGGGAGACUUGGAGAUUACCGUCGAUCAGGUUGCAGAAAAGGCGGGAACCAUCUCGUAUGAGAUUUUGA